GGAGUCUGACCGCAGAGGGUCUACUGUUUAAGAGAAAGGGAAUUCUCUCUUUCACUCACUCUCCCCCUCUCUCCUCUCUCUCUCUCUGCUGCUGCUCUUCGUCUCUCUACCUCCGCCAGUCUCACCCUCUCCUCCUCCUUGCUCUCUCUCUCUCUCUCUCUCCCUCUCUGUCUCUCCUCACUGGCUGCACAACAUCAGCCGGCUCUCUAGGUAGGCUCGAGUAAACACUCUAAGAGAACAGAGAGGAGAGGGAAGAUGACAGAGCUGUCAGCGCUCUGAGAGAUACACACUGGUGAGAACAUUUGUCAGGGCUGGCUGACGAGGCUCUCUCUCUCUUCAACACUGCUCCUGGUUCUUUUUUUUUUAUUAAUCAGUGGGAACGCUCUGAGCAUUGUGUGUGAGGACUUAAAAGGAACCCCUUUUGACACCUGAAUAGACUAUUCUGCACAGCAGUCAGAAGCUGCACUACCAGGGUAUCAUCAUGUGGAUGAAGAGCUUGCUCUUAGGCUGCCUGACCAUUGGACUGCUGCUCGAGCUCUCCAAUGCUGGUCUGGUAAAAAAGAUAAUCCGCCACCGUAGAGAGGCUCUAAUCCCCAAGAAAACCCAGGAGAACCUCACCCUACCCCACCCGGACCAGCCGGUAGUAUUUAACCAUGUCUACAACAUCAACGUGCCCACAACUUCCCUCUGCACCGUGGACCUCGACUCCCCAGGAGGCUCUGAAGUCGAACACAAGAGCGCUCCAAUGGAUAUGCAGAACACUGAGCACAUUGAGCACACAGAGGAUGGAGAUAAUCAGAUUGUUUUUACACACCGCAUCAGUAUACCCAAGCAAGCAUGUGGGUGUGAAAACCAGCUGCCAGACAUCAAGGAUAUCCUGAACAGGCUGGAGAUGCUGGAGUCGGAGCUGUCUAGUCUGAGAGAGCAGUGCAGCAGUGGGUCCAGCUGCUGUGGGGCUCCAGUUACAGGUGAAGUGUCCACAAAGCCGUUCUGUAAUGGCCGCGGGAACUGGAGCACAGACACCUGCAGCUGUGUAUGUGAACCUGGAUGGAAGGGCCCCAACUGCACAGAACCUGAGUGCCCCGGUGACUGCCAGGACCAGGGCCGCUGUGUGGAUGGCAAAUGCGAGUGCUUCGAGGGCUUUGGUGGGGACGACUGCAGUGUCGAGCUCUGCCUGCUGGACUGCGGUGACUAUGGCCACUGUGUUGACGGGUCCUGCGCCUGUGAGGAUGGCUUCAUUGGGGAAGACUGCGGCCAGACCAACUGCCUCAACAACUGCCUGGGCCGCGGACGCUGUGUGGACGAUGAGUGUGUUUGUGACGAGCCUUGGACAGGUUUUGACUGCUCAGAACUCAUCUGUCCCAACGACUGCUAUGACCGCGGACGCUGCGUCAACGGAACCUGUUUCUGUGACGAGGGCUUCACUGGUGAAGACUGUGGAGAGAUUACCUGUCCUGGUAACUGUAACAACCGUGGCAUGUGUGUGAAUGGCCAGUGUGCGUGUCAAACCGGCUACACUGGAGAGGACUGCUCAAAGCUCACCUGUCCCAAGAACUGCAAUGAGAGGGGCCAUUGCUUCAAUGGAAAGUGUAUCUGUGAUCCAGGAUUUGAGGGUGAAGAUUGCUCUAUACUCUCCUGCCCUGACAACUGCAACAAUAGGGGCCAGUGCAUAAAUGGAGAAUGUGUAUGCGAUGCAGGAUACCAAGGUGAAGACUGCAGUGAGCUCUCCUGCCCUAACAACUGCCAAGAUCGCGGUCGCUGUGUUGACGGACUGUGCAUAUGUGACAAAGGCUAUGCUGGGGAGGACUGUAGCAUCAAGACCUGUCCCAAAGAUUGCAUGGGACGCGGGGAGUGCGUUGAUGGCAAGUGUGUAUGCUUCGUUGGAUUCACUGGGAAGGACUGUGGUGAGUUGACCUGCCCCAAUGACUGCCUGGACCGCGGUCAUUGUGUGAAUGGACAGUGUGUAUGUCACAAAGGUUUCACCGGUGAGGACUGCAGUGAGAAGACGUGUCCCAAGAACUGUCUUGAUAGAGGUUACUGUGUCGAUGGCAAAUGUGUAUGCUAUGAAGGUUUCACUGGGCCGGAUUGCUCCAUACUGACCUGCCCCGACGACUGCCAGGACCAGGGACGCUGUGAAAAUGGGGUGUGUGUUUGCGAUGAGGGCUUCAUUGGAGAGGACUGCUCUGGAGUCUCACCACCAAAGGAUCUAACAGUUGUGGAGGUAACCCCGGAGACCGUUGACUUGACCUGGGAGAAUGAGAUGCGUGUGACCGAGUAUCUGAUCACCUACAUGCCCACUGCCCCUGGAGGUCUGGAGCUGGACAUGCAGGUGCCUGGAGACCAGAAGAUAGCCACUAUUCGGGAGCUUGAGCCUGGUGUGGAGUACAUGAUCAGUGUCUAUGCUGUACUUAACAACAAGAGGAGUGUUCCUGUCAGUGCUAGGGUGGCUACACAUCUGCCUGAGCCUGAGGGACUCAAGUUUAAGUCGGUGCGGGAGACAUCAGUAGAGGUGCAGUGGGACCCAUUGGACAUUUCCUUUGAUGGCUGGAACCUCAUCUUCAGAAACACAAAAGAGGAGGAUGGUGAGAUUCUUAACUCCCUGGGCCGUCCAGAGACCACCUUUGAGCAGUCAGGCCUGGGUCCUGGCCAGGAGUACGAGGUCAAACUGCAGGUGGUGAAGAACAACAAGCUUGGAAAGCCUGCCUCCAAGAACGUCAUCACAAUGAUCGACGCCCCCAGCCAGGUGAAUGUGCGAGAUGUGACUGACACCACAGCGCUGGUGACGUGGUUCCAGCCCGUUGCGGAGGUGGAUGGGGUCAGCAUUGCAUACGGGCCCAGCUCUAAACCUGCUGAUCGUAACGUGGUGGAACUGUCAUCAACUGACACCCAGCACCACCUGGGUGGCCUCCACCCUGACACCGAGUAUGAGGUGUCUCUGACCGCUCGUAGAGGAGAGCGGACCAGCGCGCCUGUCUAUGAAUCUUUCCUCACAGACCUUGAUGCUCCCACCGACCUGCAGACAGUGGAGCUGACGGACGAGAGCAUCACCCUGGAGUGGAAGAACAGCCGGGCCCACGUAGAAAACUACCGCAUAAAGUAUGGCCCUCUGUCAGGAGGCGAGCAUGGAGAGCUGCUUUUCCCACCAGGUCCAAAGGACAGCAGCCAGGCCAAAAUCAUAGGCUUGAGACCUGGUACUGAGUACGGGAUGGGUGUGACAGCGGUGAAGGAUGAGCGGGAAAGUCUGCCGACCACCACCAACGCAGUGACUGCCCUGGAUGCUCCCAAGGACCUGACUGUUGCAGAGGUGACAGAGACCACCAUGAUGCUGGAGUGGAAGCGCCCACUAGCCAAACUGGACUCCUACAGAUUGGUUUAUGUAUCAGCUGAUGGCCACAGAGAUGAGGAGGUGGUCCCCGGCAGCUCCGAGUCUUACACCCUGAGAAGCCUGACACCCGGCAUGCUGUACACAAUCAGCGUCACUGCUGAGAGGGGCCGCAGGACCAGUGCACCCACCUCAAUCUCAGCCCCCACAGAGGAGGAGAAGCCUGUGGUGACCAAUGUCACCGUCAGCGAUGUGUCGUGGGACAGCUUCCUCCUGUCCUGGUCUGCAGAGGAUGGGGCUUUCCAAGCCUUUAUGAUCGAGGUUACCGACGCAGAGACGGGCGCCGAGUGGCAAAACCACACGGUGCCCGCCGAUGCUCGCAGCCUCGCCGUCUCUGGCCUCACCCCCACCACCUGGUACAGGGCCAAUCUGUACGGGCAGUUCAGGGGGGCCCUCUUAGACCCUGUGUUCGCAGACACCAUCACAGAGGCUGAACCAGUGGUGCAGGCUCUCCUAGUCUCCGACAUCACCCCAGAGAGCUUUAGGCUGUCCUGGACGGCUGAAGAGGACUCCUUUGACACUUUUGUCGUAAUGGUCAGCGAGGCUGAGGACCCUGGCCAACCAAGAGAGCUGGUGCUGAGUGGGGAUGAGCGAAGCACGGCCGUCCUAGAACUCACCGAGGACACAGAGUACAAAGUGGAAGUCUUUGGGCUCAUUGUGGGGAGACGCUCCAUGUCUGUAAGGGAGCAGGUCAGAACAGACCUGGGUCCACCCAAAGCCAUCCGCUUCUCUGAUGUCACCGACACAUCUGCCACCGUGCACUGGGUGGUGCCAAGAGCUCGGGUGGACAGCUACAGGGUCACGUUUGUGCCCGCUCAUGGAGGUACUGCAAAGACCCUGACAGUGGAUGGGUCUGAGUCUCACACUGUGCUGCCCAACCUGACCCCCGGGGUCACCUAUGAGGUCACCGUGGUUGCUCUCAAGGGUCAGAGGGAGAGUGAGCCUGGAUCAGACAGCGUCACCACAGCUCUUGAUAAGCCCCGUGGUCUGACUGCAGUCAACAUCACAGACACAGUAGCUCUGCUGCUCUGGCAGCCUGCCAUCGCCACUGUGGACGGAUACGUCAUCACGUACAGUGCAGACUCAGUGGCUCCAGUGAUGGAGCGUGUCUCAGGAAACGUGGUGGAGUUCGAAAUGAGCUCUCUGACCCCGGCAACUCUCUACACCGUUAAGGUCUAUGCUGUGAGGGACUUGGCCAAGAGUGCAGCCACUACAACUGUGUUUACCACUGAUGUGGACGCCCCUCAGGACCUGGCAGCCAGUAACAUCCAGACUGAGAACGGCUUGCUGACCUGGAAGCCUCCCCGCGCUGACAUCACAGGAUACAUCCUCAGCUUCGAGUCUGCAGACGGCAUGGUCCGGGAGGUGGUCCUGAGUCCCAAUGCUGUCUCCUAUAACAUGGCGCAGCUCAGCGCAUCCACAGAGUACUCAGUCAAGCUGCAGGCCAUCGCAGGUCCAAAGAGAAGCAGAGUCAUCACGACUGUCUUCACCACCACUGGCGUGCUCUACAGAUUCCCUAAGGACUGCUCCCAGGCCCUGCUGAACGGCGACACCACAUCAGACUUGUACACCAUCUAUCUGGGUGGAGAUGAGAGCCAGCCAAUCCAAGUGUACUGCGAUAUGACCACUGAUGGAGGUGGAUGGAUCAUUUUCCUCAGACGCCAGAGUGGUAGACUGGAGUUUUUCCGCAACUGGAAGAAUUACACCGCUGGCUUUGGUGACAUGAAUGAUGAAUUCUGGCUGGGUCUGUCCAACCUGCAUAAGAUAACAGCUGGAGGUCAGUAUGAGCUGCGAGUCGACCUGAGAGAUAAGGGAGAAACAGCCUACGCUCAGUAUGACAAGUUCUCCAUCUCUGAACCUCGGACACGCUACAAGGUCCAUGUAGGAGGAUACAGUGGAUCAGCAGGCGACUCCAUGACCUACCAUCACGGCCGUCCGUUCUCCACGUAUGACCACGACAACGACAUCGCCGUCACCAACUGUGCCCUGUCCUAUAAGGGAGCUUUCUGGUAUAAAAACUGCCACCGUGUCAACCUAAUGGGACGAUAUGGAGAUAACAGUCACAGCAAGGGUGUGAACUGGUUCCACUGGAAAGGCCACGAGCACUCGAUCGAGUUCGCUGAGAUGAAGAUCAGGCCAUCCAACUUCAGAAACCUGGAGGGCAGGAGGAAACGAUCAUAAACGAGCCACCAUCUCCAACAGGAACAGCAAGAUGAAGAAGAAGAACAACAACAGUGCUACUACUCUGUCCGGACUCCCCAGAAACCACCUCGACUCCAACACCCACACACCCUGCAGCGACCAAAGCCUCUGCCAAGAGCCCUAACACACCUUCCCUCCUCCCAUUUGCUCUCAGAUCAGCGUCAACUCCAUGAGCCCACCCCCCCCCCCCCCCCCCGUGAUCCGGUUGUGGAAAUGCUUCCAGUGCGGAAAUGAAACGACGUGCAUGUUACAAACUGGACUUAAAUCAAGCCCACACAGAUUCUACACACGCACCAAAGAGAGCAAAUCCAUCUCACCUGAUUCUGAUUCUGUCUCUCAUGUUGCAGCAUCUGUGGGGAGGAGAAUGUGCAGCUUGGGUCUUUUGUUGUGUACAGUAAUUAAUACAGUUCCCUAUUUCACACCACGUUUGGGGUUUCACAGAAUGGACAGGCUGUUUGAAGAACAACGUGGUCUUGUUUAGGUUCAGGGCCUCUUUGCUGGAGCAGAUAACACAGUGAUAUUUCAACUGGAUUGUCAUAGAAAUUCUAUUCCUUGUACAGUACUGUACAUGUAUCUGAAUUAAAGAUUGAAAAAAAUGGAAACUCCUUAGAUGGCACUGCUCAGAUGACAGAUUUCUCCAUCUAACUUGCCAUUUCUUUGUCUUUGUGCAACUUUACUCGUCUAAGUGUCACUUUAUCCUCCCCGGGUUUCCUCCCCAUCCUGCAGAACAAGCCAACAACAACAGCAACAAAAAACAAUCUUGUAUGAAAACGUCUUUUAACCUGCCACAUCCCAUGUCAAAGUAGAUGGAAAAUGUUUCCAUUUAUUAUGUGAGCGCUUGAAUGCAUCAUGCUCGAGCCACAGUAUUGUGUUUUUAAAAGAAAAAAAAUAAUCUAAAGAAGAUCAAAGACAAGCUUCACUUUAUUUCGUUUCUCUUCUGAAUCCAAGGCGGGGCCUGUUUUUAAGUAUAUCAUGAAAAUGUUGGAUCACAUCUUUCUCCUUUUCUCUUUGCAAAAUGUGAAUACAGUGCAUAUAUAUGUGGAGCACGAGAAUGCUAUGUGUUGUCGACACUCAAGAUGUUCAUGAUCGAUACAUGAAAAAGAAAAAAAGGUCAAUUUGAAAUUUGAACUCCAUUCGACAUUGUGAGGUCUCUAUGCUUAUGUUGAUGAUCGUGUUUGAACGGGCCAAAUCUAGAGAACUAGUUACUGUUGUACCCUCCCCAACCCAACCCCAACCUCCCCCCCAUCCCCCCUCCAGCCCAAACCUGCCCCCUUUGCUACAGCAGCAUACUAAACCACUGACCUUCUAAAGAAUGCCUGUGUAAGUUAAGUUUGUUUUGUUUUCUUUGUUUAUAACUGGAUGAACAGCAGGUGUUUCUCUGUCAACUGUAUUACAAUAAAACAGUUUGUUUUAAAGAAAA